GUGAUUCCAUUAUUUUCAGAGGAGUUUGUCAGACCUGUAGCCUCAUUCAUAUCAUGAAAUGCCCUUACAUAUCUCCCAUUUUUAUAGUCAAAGUCAUAGGGGGCCUGGGGGUAUGGUCUUCCGUUGGCAAUAAUACUAAUUUCUCUAACAUUAAAAUGUUGGAAAUUAAAAGGACUUCUGGCUAUCGACCCAACAUAAUCCGAGUUUGAAACUAGACCAAGGGUAAUUCUUCUGGGAAUUUGGUCCAUGAACAAAUUUGCGUUAAAUUCAUAUCUACCCUGACUUAUGAAAAGUGGUUUCAUCAUAGUCUUUCUUAUUGAAUAUCUUGCAGGUUUAGUUUCAAGUUUUUUAGCAAUAUCAAGAGAGAGCCCGUCCAUCAGAUCAACUUUUUUAACGUACAAUUUACAACUUACAAUUUCAAAGUUGUAAGUUAUUGGCUGUUCAACCCCAAGUACUGGAGGAGCAAUUAAUACAAAUUUCAUGUCAUUUGGAAGUAUUUCAACAUCAAUUUCGCAAUGAUUUAUUAGAUAG